AGUUUGGACACGAGCUUCAUCUUUGCCAAUUCUCCGACGCCAUCGGCAUGUGGGGCUCGGGCAUGGGAUGGCGCGCAGCGCUGGUUCUGGCGCUUCUUCUUGGGGCAGCACUUCUGGUUGCUCCGAGCCAUGCUCAGACGACCGACCCUACCUGCCCAGCUGGCUCCCAUCCGACGACUGUUGACAACGACUUUGAGGGCGACUACUACAUCUAUCGCCCGAGCAAAGCGAUUAAAAAGUAUCGCCAUGAAGACUUUGAAGCCAGCACUGACUACGCCAUCAAGGUGCUGAAGGAUCGAGCCGCACCCGUUGCCAUCGUGGGUGUCCUGUUCAGCUUUUGUAUUCUCUUCUGGGCCUGUUGCCGGUGCUGUUGCAAAGGAUGCCACAUUAAUCAGCGACAAGAUGUCAACCGCGGCUGUCGCCUUUCCCUUUUUGUUGCUGCCAUUGGACUGGUUGCUGGAUGUCUGGUCAUGUGCAUCAUGUCUUUGCACAGCGAUCGCGAGCAAUCCCACGCCAUCAAGGCCAUUCCUGAAACCGUUGACCUCUUUCUGAACUUUCCCGGCGAGGCUCUCAACGCAUCCAAGGACCUCGUGUUGACGAUCGAGUACGUCACCAACAACCUCACUGAGCUCAGCACCCUCUACCCCGAUCCAGAUAUUCAAGAGUUGCAGCAACUCAUGCAACAGGUUGAGGAUGAGAUCAACGAUGCCAUUGACCAGAUCCAAGAGCCAGAUUUUGAUGACAUCCGCUCGCGAGUACAUGAUGUCACUCGCUACGAUCGUGACCGUUCACAGUGGUGGCGCGUCAUUUUUGGCUUCUUCUUUGCCCUCCUUUUUGUUGCCACGGCCCUCGCCAUGUGGAACGCCUUUGCGCCGGCCACCACCUUCCGUCCCAAGGACAACCCCUGCUGUCAAGUGUUUUCUACUUGCAUCUCCAUUACCUCCCUUGUUGUCCUGUUUGUUCUGUGGAUCGUCGCCGCUGCCGUGCUCUUUUUGUCCACUGUUUCCAGCGACUUUUGCUAUGAGCCCACUGAGAACUUCCUCAAGGUUGGCAAAUUGGAGAACGAGGAUGUGGCUCGCUUCUUCACCACGUGCGGCACCAAUGCCACUGUGCGCAACUGCUACAACCCCUUCUAUGACGAAAUCAACGAUCUGCAAGACGUCAUCCAAACGGCUCAGGAGCAGUGGUCCAGUCUUGAAGGACAGAUCAAGGGUAGCGAUAACUGCGGCGGCAAUCAGCAGUUGUGCGAGGUUGUGCAUGACAUCGACGCGUCAAUCAAUGUGCUUGAAAAUAAGCUGAAUCGCUUCAUCACCAUGUUCCUGGGCUGCAAGACCGUGAACGAGCGGUACCAGGCGGUUGUCAAGCUGGGCUGUGAGAACUUUGGCGAGACCAUCUGCUACGUGACCGGCAUCAUCAUGGGCCUGGCCAUUUGCUUUGCCCUGGCUGAGCUUGUCACACGUUUUCUCCAUGAUUUGUACAAGGACCUUGAAUUCUAUCAGCCUGUCCAGUCCUACGUCCUCUUUGAAGACGAGGAUCCCGAGCAACCUGCGGAAUAUACGGCCCAGCGCCACGGCAAGGGAAGCGCCGCCUAUCGAGGCCCGCUGCCACCAAUUCCAAACCAGAAUCAAGCCUUUGCCUAAGCUUGUGGUCCUCUUCGGCCAAACGAGAGGCGCUCUCGCAAGGCGUGUGUCAAAGGGUGCUGUGUGCACAAGCGCACAACCCUCUCCUGUAUGAGGCCAACCACGUCGCCUCCAUCUUUUCGUGUCUGAGAUGUCUCAGCACCGCCUCUGCAAGGCGAGAGCGAGUUCUGUUUGUCCCAGCGACUCGUGUCGUGAUGCAAAGUUUUUCAUUUUUUUGUGUGUUUUGUGUGAUGAUUUGAACGAAUUCCAAUUGAUUCUUUUCGACCUCC